CCAUGUCUGCACGGGGUGGCCUGCCUCCCCUGCAGCCGUGAGCAUCCAUGUGUAGGGUAGGGACAUGUCUGUAUACGGCUGCAACAGUUGGAUGGGAUGUGUGAGUCUAGUCCAUCUGCUUUGUCCAAGAGCGCGACCGGCAGCUCCAUCGAGGCCUGCCUGACGAUACAUGUACACAUGCCCUCACUCGCCUUCGCCCUCUCUCUCCCCACCCUUUCUCUCCCUCUCCCUCCCCAUCGCCCAUCCACCCACCUCAACCGCCCGCCCGCCAGCCAACCAUCGACCAUCCACGGUGCUGCGCGUCCACACUCCAACCUCCGCCCACCUCGCAGCUGCACCGUUUUCGCGGCCAGCUUGCUGCACCCGUAGGAGCCUGCGUGCUGCCAAAGUCUAUAUAAUAUCCCGUCCAUGGAAACCCCUUAGAUCCAUCGUGCUCCCGUCUCCUUGCCCUUCCCGCCCCAUUCCAUCUCGUCCGCGACUACUCCAUGUUGCGCGACCCCGUGCUCCGGCGGCCCUCCAUGGAACAGGACGAACACUCGACCAAGCCAACAGGGGAAAAUGAAUCUUACCCGCAAACGCCCUUUCGACAGUCCACCACCACCACCACCACCCCAUUGCCUCUCUCCCACCCCAAUUAUUCCCCACACCACCAUCGCAACCCAUCUUCACCGCGCUCCACCGAGCUCCCUCCGAUCGGCGCCGCACUCUACAACCGCGACACCAGUGCUAACAAAUACUACGAUCCCACCCAAGAUCAUGGCAACCACCUUGUAGCCACCGCGCGUCCUGACGCCCGCUAUCCAUCAUCACAAACGCGCGACACCCAUACACACCCAGAUCCUCCUCGCCCACCCGAAAGCCCGUACAACAGCCAGUACCGCUCGCCUAUUGCGAGCAGCUUUCCUCCUCACCAUCAUCAAUCCCCCCUCCAACGUCCGCCGUCACACGGCCGCACCUCUGCCACCAUGGAACCAAUGUCUCACUCGCCUGUCUCGCCGUCUGUCUAUCAGCCGAUGAAUCGAGGUGCCGUGCAGCCACCACCACCACCACCACCCCACUACGAGCGCAGGCUGUCCACCAAAGAGGAGGUUCCACCUCCUCCCCCGAAAAGAGAUCCCAUGUCGCUGUCUAGCAUCAUGGAUAGUGGCGCAGAUACUGAUCCUCCUGCCCGACCUCCACCACUUCCCUCCAUCAACCCUGAACCGCUCGUAUCGUCAAAGACGCUGAACAACCCCCUGCUCAUCAAGCAGGAAGUCGCGCCACCUUCGCCUUCCCCGGCCGAGCGGCCUACUUCGAACACCUCUGCAACUACCCAUGGCGCAUACGGUGCCUCGCCUGCUGCAGGAACUGCACCGCCGUCAUACCACCCGACUUCCCGCGAGUUGCCUGUCCCCGACGCAGCUGAUGUGCAGGCGGAAAUGGCCCGCAUUGAAACCAGCGAAAUGAACGAUAUUGGCGAUUCGGGCUUUGAGCGUGAGAAGGAAGAAUAUCUGGCACACAGACGCAAGCGUGAGCUGGAUGUAAAUGAGAUGGAGUGUUCGAAACGCAAGCGACGACGCAUCGCUGUGCUCUCGCGGCACGCCAACAUCGUCGCUGCACAUCGUGAUUCGGCUAGACAUGCGUUCAGCAUCGAAAACGAACCGGCAGCUUGGCAACAAGUGCAAGAUCAAGAGAUUGCAGAGGAGAAAGAACGCAAAAAGGAUAUGCAACGCAAGCGACGGAGAGAGAAAACUAUCCAGAACGAAGAGGCGAAGCGUGCUGAGGCGCUUGCGAAAGCUGGACAAGCGGAGAAUGAAGAGGAGAAGGAGAAGCACCUUCGCGAAGCACAGAAAGCGGAACGCAAAGCGAAGACCACGAGUCAAUUGCUGCAAGGAAACGCACCCAGCAAAGAUAUCCGCGAGGUCACACCGCACGCGCCUAACCUCGAAGGUGGGACUAUGAGUUCUUUCCAGGCCUCCGAUGAAGUUUUGAACGGCAAGAAGAAAAAUGCCCGCUCUGGUGGUCGACUCAAAAAGAGUAAGGAGCAAAAGCAAGCAGAGAAGGAUGCAGCAGCCGCAGGUCAGGCCGCACUGGAUCGAGGUGAUGAACUGCCUCCCAUUGCUCCCCGAGAAGAAGCUCGCCUCGGCGCAUUGGGAGACAGGAGCCAGACCGAAGAUGCGGCACCAAUUGUCCUCACCACCUAUAAUUCGCAGGCCUACCAGAACCUUUACAACCAGAUAUGGAAGGAUAUGGCUAAGAAAGACAUCCCCAAGGUUGUUCGUCUGAAAGAAAACUCUUAUUCUACAAAGCAAUCCAACUUGCGGAAAACUGCCCAGCUCGCAUCCAAGGAGGCUCGACGAUGGCAGAUGCGGACAAACAAAAGCAUGAAAGAUGUUCAGGCCCGGGCCAAGAGGAGCAUGCGAGAAAUGCUGACUUUCUGGAAGCGGAAUGAAAGGGACGAGCGUGAUCAACGUAAAAUGGCGGAACGUCAAGAACUUGAAAACGCCAAGAAAGCUGAAGCAGACCGAGAAGCAAAUCGCCAAAAGCGCAAGCUCAAUUUCCUUAUCUCACAAACGGAACUCUACUCUCACUUUAUUGGUAAGAAGGCCAGGACGGAUGAGAUUGAGAGAUCGACAGACGACAAAGAUACUGCAGCCGCAGACACGCCAGGGCCCGCAGGGCCUUCCGUCGAUGUGCCAGACGGACCUACUCAAGUCGGUGCCAAGGUCACUAAUUUUGAGGACCUCGAUUUCGAUGACGAGGACGAGGGUGCUCUCAGAGCUGCCGCUAUGGCCAAUGCUCAACAUGCUGUACAAGAAGCGCAGGACCGAGCUCGUGCUUUCAACAAUGCCGACGGAGAUAAUGAAGAGGAAGGCGAGCUCAAUUUCCAGAAUCCCUCCGGUCUUCAAGAUGCUAAAGAUUUCAUCCCUCAACCUAAGCUGCUCAGCUGCACCUUGAAAGAAUACCAAUUAAAGGGACUCAAUUGGCUGGUCAAUCUCUACGAGCAAGGUAUCAACGGUAUCUUGGCCGACGAGAUGGGUCUAGGAAAGACGGUACAGUCCAUCUCGGUCAUGGCUUAUCUCGUAGAGAAGUACGACAUCUGGGGCCCUUUUCUAGUGAUCGCUCCCGCAUCUACGCUACACAAUUGGCAGCAAGAAAUUGCCAAGUUCGUCCCGGAUCUUAAGGUACUUCCAUAUUGGGGCAAUGCAAAGGACCGCAAAAUUCUCCGGAAGUUCUGGGAUCGAAAGCACGUCACGUAUACCAAGGAUUCACCCUUUCACGUUCUGGUCACGUCGUAUCAGCUGGUUGUGCAGGAUGCGCAGUACUUCCAGAAGAUACGCUGGCAAUACAUGAUUCUCGAUGAGGCUCAAGCCAUCAAGUCUUCGCAGAGUUCUAGGUGGAAGAGUCUAUUGGGAUUCCACUCGCGUAAUCGACUGUUGCUCACCGGAACGCCCAUCCAAAAUAACAUGCAAGAACUAUGGGCCUUGCUCCAUUUCAUCAUGCCUAGUUUGUUCGACUCGCACGAUGAGUUCAGUGACUGGUUUUCCAAGGAUAUCGAAAGUCACGCUCAGAGUAACACCAAACUCAACGAAGAUCAGUUGAAACGUCUGCACAUGAUCCUCAAGCCUUUCAUGUUGCGCCGUGUAAAGAAGCACGUGCAGAAGGAGCUUGGUGACAAGAUUGAACUGGAUGUGUUCUGCGAUCUUACCUACCGACAGCGGGCUUUGUACACCAGCCUCCGCAACAAGAUUAGUUUCAUGGAACUCAUCGAAAAGGCGGUUGGUGACGACCAAGACAGCGCCACGUUGAUGAACCUCGUCAUGCAAUUUCGAAAAGUAUGUAAUCACCCGGAUCUGUUUGAGCGGGCUGAGACGCACUCCCCGUUCUCUUUCACCACCUUUGCCGAGACUGCCUCCUUCAUGCGGGAGGGUCGCGAGGUAAAUGUGAGCUAUUCUACUCGUAACUUGAUUGAGUACCGGCUUCCACGGCUCAUAUGUCGCGACGGUGGGCGCCUCGGCAUAGCUGGAGCGGAAAACCCUAGAGCCGGCUUUUCAGGGCAUUACCUACAUCAUCUUAUGAACGUUUGGAGCCCAGAUCAUGUACACCAGUCUUCCAAGCAGACAGGCGUUUUCUCUUGGCUCCGACUAGCCGAUCUAUCGGCCAGUGAGGCUUCAAGGAUUGCCCGGAAUGAUCUGUUCCAGCGUGCUGUCGACAUGGGUAACAAGCCUGACCGUCUGGCACGACUCAGCACACUAUAUGAUGGCGAAGCCGGAACGUACGCGCCAAAGCGUUCAAUGCUUAACAUCUUUGAGCAGCGAAAGCGUGCUUCUCUAGCCGAGGUCACCACGGAGGGUUAUAUGGCAAAUCUCCUCAAUGUGUCUCAGGUAGCCUUCGAGGCAACAGGCCUGGAUUCUAUUGAGCGAUGUGCGAAACCUGCUGCCUCUGCCCCACCAGUCGAACUGUAUUGCUCCAGCCAAAGUGUGAUUGCCGAAAAUCAGAAAACUUUCUUCAAUGUACCAAUGCGCGUUGCAUUGUACGGUGCCUCUGAGAAGGAUGAACAAGCAGUAUUAGCCACCGCCGGUCCGCUUGCUGUGCGCAACAAGCUUCCUGCCCCAACAAACGUGAAGGCCAGGUACACACAUAUUACCGCACCUUCGAUGCAACGCUUUGUCACAGAUUCUGGCAAGCUGGCACGCUUAGACGCACUUCUGAAGGAGCUCAAACAGAACAAUCACCGUGUCCUGCUCUACUUCCAGAUGACGAGGAUGAUCGAUUUGAUGGAGGAAUACCUUACUCACCGCAAUUACAAGUAUUGCCGCUUGGAUGGUUCAACAAAACUCGAAGACCGCCGCGACACCGUUACCGACUUCCAGAAUGACCCAUCCAUCUUUGUGUUCUUGCUCUCCACGCGUGCUGGUGGUCUCGGAAUCAACUUGACAUCUGCCGAUACUGUAAUCUUCUACGACUCGGAUUGGAAUCCUACCAUUGAUUCUCAGGCCAUGGAUCGUGCCCAUCGUCUCGGCCAAACUAGGCAGGUUACCGUGUACCGACUCAUCACCCGUGGCACUAUCGAGGAGCGCAUUCGCAAGCGAGCUUUGCAAAAGGAGGAGGUGCAGCGUGUUGUCAUAUCUGGUGGCGCCGGCGCGGGUGUCGACUUCAACACCCGGUCCCGUGAGAACCGCACCAAAGACAUUGCCAUGUGGCUCGCAGACGACGAGCAGGCGGCCGAAAUUGAGAAGAAAGAAGCUGAGCUCGCCGAGGCCGAGAAGAAUGCCCCACCGAGUAAGAAACGUGGUAAGAAGAGGAAGGUAGAGGCUAGUUUGGAUGACAUGUACCAUGAAGGCGAAGGACAUUUCGAUGAGAGUGCGAAACCAAGCGGCACAGCAACACCUGUCCCUGAAGCUCCAAGCGCCAAACGGAAGAAGGGUAUGAGCAAGAAGGCCAAGACGGCCAAGCAACGUCUCGCCGUCGCCGAUGGGGAGGUUUGA